AUGCUUUUAUUUUCUUUGCAGUUCAUACCGAUGCCUGUGCUCUAUGGGGUCUUUCUCUACAUGGGUGUAUCAUCGCUCCGAGGAAUUCAGUUCUUUGAUCGCUUGAAGCUCUUUGGGAUGCCGGAGAAACACCAGCCGGAUUUCAUCUACCUGCGACACGUCCCCUUGCGCAAAGUGCAUCUCUUCACCCUGAUCCAGCUCACCUGCCUCGUUCUGCUCUGGAUCAUCAAAGCGUCCCCCGCGGCCAUCGUCUUCCCCAUGAUGGUUUUGGCUCUCGUCUUUGUGCGGAAGGUCAUGGAUUUCUGCUUCUCGAAGCGGGAGCUCAGUUGGCUGGACGAUCUUAUGCCAGAAAGCAAGAAGAAGAAACUGGACGAUGCCAAAAACGAAGCCAAAGAAGAAGAGGAGUCUCAGAAGAUGAUGGAAGCUGCUGCAGCAAAUUCAGUCCAGCUGAAGCUGGGCAAAACCAGCUACUCAGAUGUCUCAAAGCAAGAUAAUGAUAG